CAGAUGCCGAAAUACUAUCUCGAUUUCAAUGAGCAAUUUCGCAGCGAGGCAGCUCGCCACAAGCCCAAUAAAGAUGCGUUUCGAGAACGGGUACAUGGCUAUGCAAUUGAGCUAGUCCGGUCAGUCUGCGCUCGUGACGACCUUUGCGCCAUGACCAGGACAAUUAUAGGCGGCUUCCACAUCUGCAUCUUCUUCGACAUAACAUCAGCUAACGAGAGGACGAAAAAAUGGGUUUUGCGGGUUCCAAUUCCGGGAGAACACGGUGGGGAUUUGUUAGAUGAGAAAUUUAGAUCAGAGGUAGCCACUAUGAAAUAUUUAUCUGCUAAUGUUGCCAUUCCUAUUCCUCGACUCGUUGCUUAUGGCCUCUCGAACGGCCCGCACCCUGGAGGUGAUCACUUCAUGAUUAUGGAACACGCCGAAGGAGACAUACUGGCCAGAGAUUUAUCACAAUUGUCACAAUGGUCAGAGGAACGGAUCGAAACAUUAUACUCUAGCUUGUCGGAUAUACUUCUUGAACUAUGGAAUCAUCCCUUUCAAAGAAUUGGUUCUAUUGCACUACAGGAGGAUGGGGAGCCCGACAUCGUGAACUUGACGCGACCGUUAAUGUUGGAGUUCAAUAACGUUGAGCUGGAUGGCGUAAGCAUAUCUUCGGCAAUUCCUCCACAUCGAACGUUUGGAAAAGCCACCGAAUAUUUCAGCUCGCUUGCGGAUCUUCAGAUGAGUAUGCUUGUCCAUCAACGGAAUAACAUUGAGAGCAAAGAAGAGUGGGAUUUCAAAUUUACGAACAGGGUAGAUUUUAAAAGGGCUAUGAGAAACUUUGUGGACAAUCGCUGGGAUAAUGGCCCGUUCGUUUUGUUUUUAGGAGAUUUGAGCCCUCAGAACAUCUUGGUCAAUGAAAGCGGCUCUGUUACAGCUAUCUUGGACCUGGAGUGGACCUCGAUCAGGCCUAUACAGGCUAUUGGUCCACCUGUAUGGCUCAGUGGUAUAGUAUGCGGCGACGUGAUUGUACGGGAUGCGGACAGGUUGAGACGGUUCAAAUCUCGCUAUGAGCAGUUUGUGAAGAUCUUCGAGAGGCAGGAGGAUCGGCGUUUCCAGGAACAUCGGUCUGCAUUUCCAGAUAUGAGGCUUUCAGAUAUUAUGAAAACUGGGUUAUCAUCUGGGAGAUAUUGGUUUUCAGAGGCAGCUGGGUCGUUCUAUGGAUUCGAUGGACUUUUCCACUUCGCUCUGUCCUCCCACAUUUUGCAUGCCAAUGAUUCGAGUCAUUCGAUGAUGGGGAUAGUCGCCUCUUGGAUUGAGAGAAUGAAGCUAAGCGGCCUACGCACUCCGGAGCCUUUUCAUGGAUCCUGAGCCGCUUCCCAUGACUUUUGAGCACGACCCAAUUUAGCUGUCGACACUGUUGGGUCUUCUGAUCUUUUCAUCCGACCGCUUGUCUAGUCGUUAGUCAAGAGCGGGGGACUCGUAGAGAGGGAAGCCUCGGGUAUUACUGACAGGUCACAGCUGUUAUUAUGAACGAUUGUUAAUGAAUUAGGGCGGAUAUUGGAUGUAGGCGUUACUGAAAGACCUAUAAGCAUAGGCUGCAUAGCUGCAUAGGAUACUAGAGCAUGUAUGUGCUGGAAACCUAAUAGAUUUUCUUUGCGGAUCAUCUUUCUCUUGUUCAUUCUGGAAUUGGCAAGCUACCGAUAACGCGGUCCUUUAUUGGUGCCUAUAAUGUAAUAUACUUCCUGCUCCUUCUAUGGCC